GAGGCAGGCGCCUGCAGCACACGCUUCUGCCUUCACAAACUGAGCCGCACACACCAGGGGAAAGUUGGAGGCAGCGCAGCCACCGAGGGCUCCCACCAGCUCAGGGCAUUGGGAAAACAGCAUCUCUCCCAGGUUGUCCUUGGGAGGUGGCAAAUCUCUGUCCCUGCUGGAGCACUGCAGACUGCUGCCACCAACCAUACAUACAGAGCACAUGAGACCCCACAAGCCCAUGGUUGCUCAGAGGAAAGAAGGCAGGAGAGGAAAAGGGAGCAGUUGAGACCCACCAGCAGCUGCCAUGGGGGACUGGCUCCAGCACUGACCUUCCAGAUGGGGCGAACAAGCACAAGCAAGUCACAGGGCCACAUCUUUCCCUAGAUCAUGUCACUCCUAGCAUACAAGGAGUGACACUACAUGUGCGAAGUGACUCUGCAAUGUUCCCCAAUGUCACUGCAGGCCCAAGGUCACUUUGGAAAGGGCUCUAGAGCUGCCUGGUAGAGGCUCACGCCGAGAAGCUUUGCAGCCAGUGAGAGCAGGACUGCUCCAUCCAUGCAACUGCACUAUGGAUCCGUGCCACAACCAUACAAGCUCUCAAAAAAGGAUGGACUUCCCCCUGCAGCUGCUGGUCGGGUCUUGCCUCACCAUCCUCAUCAUGAUCACUCUCUGCGGUAACAUCAUCGUCUGCCUGGCCGUCACCUUGGACCGCCGGCUCCGCAGCUUGACGAACUGCAUCAUUGUCUCCUUGGCCAUCACCGACCUGCUGCUGGGCCUCCUGGUGCUGCCAUUCUCUGCCUUCUACGAACUCACCAAAGAGUGGCCCUUCGGCAGCACUUUGUGCAACAUCUACAUGAGCCUGGAUGUGAUGCUGUGCACAGCUUCCAUCCUCAACCUCUUUAUGAUCAGCCUGGACCGCUACUUUGCUGUCACCACCCCACUCCGCUACAGCCAGCUGGUCACUCCCUCCCGGGUGGCUGUGGGUUUGGUUGUUAUUUGGACCGUUUCGCUCAUGGUUUCCUUCCUACCCAUCCACCUGGGCUGGAACACCAAUGGGACAGCAGUCCAAAACACAGUCCCCAACUGCAACAAGGAGUGCACACUGGAGGUGAACCCUGUGUAUGGGCUAGUGGAUGCCUUGCUCACCUUCUACAUCCCUCUGGUCAUUAUGUGCAUCACCUACUACCAGAUAUUCAAGAUAGCAAGGGAGCAAGCCAAGAGGAUAAACCACACGUGGUGCUGCAGCAGCAACACCCACAUGCCACCCAUGGUGAAGGAGCACAAAGCCACCGUGACGCUGGCAGUGGUGUUGGGAGCAUUCAUCGUGUGUUGGUUCCCCUAUUUCACAGUGUUCACGUACCGGGGGAUGUGGGGGGACAGCAGGGUGAAAGGAACACCCAUGUCCAUUGUCCUCUGGCUGGGCUACGCCAACUCAGCCCUGAACCCCAUCCUCUAUGGGACACUCAACAGGGAUUUCCGGGUGGCAUACCAGCACUUGCUGCGCUGCUGGAGGACUGGGGGCCCCAGGAGCUUCAGCCUGCCUCCCCCCCAGAAGGCCCAUUCCAGGGGCAGGAACUGCAGGCAGAGCCAGGGCAGGCAGGAGGGUAAACCUCUGAAACUGGAGAUGAGGAAUGGGAAGGGGAUCUUGCUGACUGAUGGAGCCCGCAAGAGUGCCAGAGCUUUCCCGUGAGCAUCAGCUAACCCCCUGCCCUGGGACCCCCAUCUCCCAGCCUUCAACUCCUGGCUGCCCUCUUCCAAAAUCCCAUGAGGUUGAAAGGACAGCACUCAGUUUUCCUCAGGGAGAAGCUCGACAGCAGAGGUGAGGGCUGCAGGGAUCCCUGGUCUGACAAACAACGUUUGCCCCAUCCACAAACACUGCUGAAGAGCCUUCACCUGCCCAAGGAAGGGGGUGUGUUUGAAGAGGAGCUGCAGAAGAGCCUCUCUCCUGCCCCAUUGGGGCUGUGACACCUCCAGUGUCAAGCCCCACACCAGCAGGUGGUGAUGCCCAAGGAGCUGAGUCAGGAGCCAACACAUACCCUCAGCAGGGCUGGGCUGGGGAUGCCCUCCCCAGACCCCCAGGGCAGUGGUUCACACUGAGAGAGCACAGGAGGAGCAAAGGGGCUGUGGUCUGUGGCCAAGGUCUUGGUGCCACAGGCACCAACCUAGGAUGGAGAAAAGAAGCACAGGCACUACCCUCCCUGGUACCUUGUCCAAGGGACAUACCCAUCCCUUGGAGGGGCAGGGGUCCUGGCAGAGGUGGGAGUGAUGUGCCAGGAGGGCUAGGCAUGGUGGAUGUCAGCAGCCAUGAGUGCUGGAUGUCCUGCAGCAUCCGUGCUGGGGCAAGACUGCCUCCCAUGCUGGGGAGGUUUUGACAUGAUUGGUGCUAUCCCUGCUCUCUGUGACUGCUUUACACCACCUGUCCCAGCCCCACUGCAAGAAGAAGAGUGGUCAUGGAGCCUGCUGGGAGACAUUAAGCAGCCAGGGUUUGUCCCUGGGCUCUAGCCUCCCCACCAGCAUCCAAACCAGGAUGUUUCUGCAUCAAACCUGUGCAGAAGUUAGCAAUGGUAUAAAAAUCUAUUUAACUGAG